GCGUGCCUUGGCUCCUCCUGGCCAACCCCUUAUAGUACCCCGCUGCUCGAUCGAUCGAAGCAGCGAAGCAGCCAUGCUCGGGCCAUGAAGAAGCUCUCCUGCUGCCUUCUCCUCGUCUUCUUUGCCGUGGCGGCGCGCGCGUCGUCGCGCGGAGCCGUCGUCACAGGCGUGGGCGGCGGCGGCGGCGGCGGCGUGGCCGCGUUGUCGGACCCGGAGAACCAGUGCGUGUACACGGUGUACGUGCGGACGGGCUCCAUCUGGAAGGGCGGCACGGACUCGACGAUCGGGGUCACGCUGCGUGGCGCCGACGGCACCGGCAUCCGGAUCCGGGACCUGGCGCGGUGGGGCGGGCUGAUGGGGGCCGGCCACAACUACUACGAGCGCGGCAACCUCGACAUCUUCAGCGGCCGCGGGCCCUGCAUGCGCCAGGAGCCGUGCUGGGCGAACCUCACCUCUGACGGCGCCGGCGCGCACCAUGGGUGGUACUGCAACUACGUCGAGGUUACGGCCACGGGGCCCCACCUGGGGUGCGCGCAGCAGCUGUUCACCGUCGAGCAGUGGCUCGCCACCGACGCCCCGCCCUACCGCCUGUACAAGGUCGUCGACAACUGCGGCGCCAAGCGGGAGCAGUCGCUCGUGACCGUGCUGUAAAUCGAAGCUCCUGCCUGUGCCACGAUUGUAGGAUGUGCAAUGUAGCAAGUUCUCUGAAUAAAUAGAUGAAGAAGCCCAGAACAGCUGCAGCAAGUUCGCAGUUCUCUGAACUUCUCUGAACGUCUGAAACUCGACUAUUGUAGCUGAUCCAAAAACCACCAGAUUUCCGUCAGAUAAAUGAGAGAUUGAGAGGGAGAGCAGAGCGCUGGUGCUUGUGAACUCGUCGGAGUUUGCAGGUGCUAACAGAUCGUAUGCAUACUUCUUUCACUUGCGUUGAUUUCUCCGGGCGUACUGUGAAGGCUGUGUCGGUAGAAUCAGAAUAUGAAUCUGUACAAGGAAUCGAUAAGUUGUAUCGAGGGCUUGAGGCCUUUGGCGUUUGUUACACGAAUUGAAAA